GCGCCAUUAAAGAGACUCAAAACCAGAAAACCUGCUUCCAGUUUCUGGUCGAAUGAAAGAAGUGUCUGCGCUGAGGUUUCAAAGGAAGAUAUUUGCUGACAAAAUUGAUUACCAACAGAGGAGUCCGUUUUAUUUAGGUAUUCGUUCAUUUAAAAAAGAGAACAUGAAUGUAAUUCCUCUCGUCCUGCUUCUCUUUGGUUUGAGCUCAACGCUGGCACAGAAUACAAUAUCUCCAAAUACUACAACACAGACUACACAAUCUACAACUACGAGCAAAGCACCGACUACAACACCACAUCCAAGUUGCGAGAGCAAGACUGGUACAAACUGUGAUGAAUGCUUGGCUUAUGUGGAUUGUCUGUGGUGCAUUUCAACUAAAACAUGUGUAACAUACCCAGCCAAAAACAUCCUGCCCCCCAGUUCCCUCUGCCCACUGAAUGAUGCUAGAUGGGGCCUUUGCACAAUAAACUUCCAGAUUUUGAUCAUUACGUUGUCAGUGGCUGCAGCGGUGCUCAUCAUUGGUUUUUUGCUGUGUAUUUUCUGCUGCUGCAAGUGUGAGAACAUUGGAUCUGGUCGAUUUCAAAACAGGAUGAACCGGCAAACAGACAAGACAAAAACAAAACAAGAGCAGAGAAAAGCUGAGUUGAAGAUUAGACAUGAUGAGAUCCGACAGAAAUAUGGUCUCAGCAGAGCAAGUCCGUAUGCCAGAUUUGACAAUCCAAGCUAAAAUGUUGGGCGUUUUAAAGAUGAAUACUUUGACUAUCUGCUGCCUAUUUAAAAAUGAUUACAAAAGAUGAAAUAAUAUGAUUCCACUGUGCUCAAAAUUAUGAUUUUCAGCUUAACUUAAUGUACUUUCUGCUAAUUUAUUUUAUUUACUACAAUUUUCCACAAAGUAUUCAAUCAGUGUAACUCCCCAACAAUUAUAAUAUAAAAAGUUACUUUUUAUACACAUAUAAUCAAAGUUUAGGUUUUCACUGAAACAAACAAAAAUGUAUUUGUAAAAGUAUCUAACACUCUCAUCUGAAUCCAAAUGAGCAUCUGCAAGGUUUGGAAAUUGCUUAUUAGUCCAUGAGCCUUAUAGAUAUCAAAAGAUAAUGCAGUAGAUAUAAUAAGAUAUCUGAUAAAUACCUGCCCAUGUAAUAUACUCAUUUGUUGUAUAAGAUCAUUAAUAAAAAUAAUUGAAAGUUA